AUGAAGGCGAGCAGUAAGAGAAAGCGGAAGGAAUCCUCUGAAGGAGAUAGCAACAAACAGAGGACACUACUGAGCUUUUUCUCCACCUCGCCCAAAAAGAAGGUGAAAAACGAAAAUGACGAAAAUGAAAAUCACAACCGUGCCAACGAUGAUCUUGUGGAAGAAGAGGAUGCCGUGAUUGCCGUUCCGUCCGCAACAUCAUCGCUGCCCUCUCUUUCGCGCGGGUCUAAUAGACGAACCACCAAUGGUGCUACAAAAUCUGCUGUAGCGACUUCAUCCCUGCACCUCGACUCCGCCGCGUCGUCCCAGGCGCUGCCGGCCUUCACCGCCCGCGCCUCUGGGCGCCAUGGCACCGGCCGUACCGCAGGCGGGGGAGCUCCCUCCAUGGCGUCGUCCCUUCGGCGGCGCAACCACCACCUUGGCGGCGGCGGUGCGGGCGGUCCUCGUCCCCUCCUCCUGCCGGGCGACACCAUCAUGCCCAGAGGUGCGGGUGGGCGGUGGCAGCAGGAGGAGGUGGAGGCCGCGGUGAUGGACCGGAUGCUGUCGGACAGGGACGUCUACGAUGCGGAUCCCUCCCAACCCAAGCCGCAAGACGCCGAGCCCAACCGCGCUUCGCUGCUGAGCGACGAGCAGCGAGCGGCGCUUCAGGUGGCGCUCGAAGGCGUCUCCUUCUUCUUCACCGGGUCUGCCGGCACGGGCAAGUCGUUUUUGCUCAAGGAGAUGAUCACCCAACUGCGACGGAAGCACCGGGAAGGCAUAUUCGUGACCGCCUCCACCGGCGUGGCGGCAUGCAACAUAGGCGGGGUGACUCUACACGGCUUCGCGGGCGUGGGGUUGGCCAACGGCUCGGCCGAAUCGCUGGCGUCCCAGGUCGCCAACGCCAAGUGGACCCUCGCUCGCUGGCGCUCCGCCAAGGUCGGCGCCGACCCGCCCGUCAUUCCGCUGCUGCUGCUCUGCUGGGUGGCGCGUUGGCUGAUCGUGCAGGUGCUGGUGGUGGACGAGGUGUCGAUGCUGGAGGCCGAGUUCUUCGACAAGAUGGAGAAGGUGGCCCGCAUUGUGCGCGAUUCGCACCUCCCCUUUGGCGGCAUCCAGAUCAUCCUCUGCGGCGACUUCCUCCAGUGGUGGUCUGCGAGCAUCAUCAUCUCACCACCGCACUGCACCGCCCAGCUGCCUCCUGUGGUGAAAGGGCGCGACCACAAGUUCUGCUUCCAGGCCGAUUGCUGGUCCUCCGUGAUCAAGCGGACGAUAAUAUUGCAGCAGGUGUUCAGGCAGGCCGACGAGCAGUUUGUGGGGAUCCUCAACCAGAUCCGGGUCGGGCGCCUGUCCCCCGAAGCGCGCCGCAUCCUCGAGGGCCGCCUCCUCGGCCCCGCCUCCACCGCCACCGCGAAACAACCGGAACCCGACUCCGCCGGAGAAAGCGAAGGCGAGGCGUCGGGGGAGAAGGAGAAGGAGAUUGUGGCGACGCGCCUGUACUCGCACCGGCGGGACGUCGAUGCCGAGAACGUCAAGUGCCUGCAGGACAUCAACACCGAGAGCCACACGUUCUACGCGGAGGACGAGGGCACCAAUCCGUACCUCAAGCAGCUCCAGCAGAACUGCCCGGCCCCCUACGAGCUCGAGCUCAAGGUGGGCGCCCAGGUGAUCCUGCUGAAGAACCUGGACUUUGAGAACGAGCUGGUCAACGGGGCGCGGGGCCUGGUCGUCGAAUUCCGCAAGCCGGACCGGUCCGAGCGCGAGAAGGAGCGGGACAAGGCCUUCGCCAAGCAGGAGUACCCCGACGUACUCUUUGCCAACGGACACCGAAGGAUACUCACGCCGGAACAGUUCAGCGUGGAGGUGGGCGGCAGCGUCAAGGCCUCCCGCAAGCAGGUCCCGCUGGGCCUCGCCUGGGCACUCUCCAUUCACAAAUCGCAAGGGAUGACGAUCAGUAAGGUGGAGCUCCACCUGGGCAACGUCUUCGAGUACGGACAGGCCUACGUCGCCCUCUCCCGCGCCACCAGCCUCGAAGGCCUGCGAUUGCUGAGCUUCAACCCGGCCGGGAUCAAGGCCCAUCCGCGCGUGCUGCAGUUCUACCAGAGCCUCCUCGGCCGGCCCCUCUUCGCCGAUCAAAGUAGCCAGCGCACGACCAUCAGCACCACGACCACGACGACCACCGCCUCCUCCGCGCAGCCUCCGCGCACCAUGCACGGCGAUCGUGGUGGGAUGAGCUUCCCCUCCUCGCCUGCUCAGACCACCACCCGCUCGAGUGCUGUGUCGCUGCGCUCGACUUCGUCUUCGUCAUCGCCUUCCACUUUCUCGUUCGCGCCGGCGUCAUCGUCGUCGGCAUCGAGCGCGUCGCCGUACUUUGCCUCGCCGGUGCCGUCUGCUUCGUCGCCCAUCCUGCUGCGCGGCAGGAAGGGUGGCAGCCCGCAUCAGAAGCGCGCGCAGACGCACACCGCACCAUCAGCAUCAGGCGUGGGCGUGGGCGCACAAAGCGAAACAACUCUGCUCGCCAACGACGCUGUCGACGAUCUGUUCUUCUGGCAGCACUUCGUGGCCCAGGAGCUCGACUUCAGCGCCGCCAGCGCCGCUGCUUCUUCCUCCCCUGACGACAGCAGCCCUGCCUCCUCCGCCGGCGGCGCUGCCGCGGGCGGCGAACUUCUCUCCUCCCCUCCGUCGUCGUCGGUCUCAACAACGCCGGCCUCCUCGCAAUCGCAGCGCGAACCGGAAAGGCGGGAAGAUGAGCAAGUGGUGGUGGAAGUGGCGGUGCCGGAAGACCUCGGCCACGCAAUGGAGGAGGACGUGCGACCAGCGGACGACGCAAGCCACGACGCCCAGGACGAAAACCAACCCUCACAAGAAGAAGAAGUAGAGGAGAACAAGGAAGAGGACCAGGACGCAGAAGCGGAAGAGAAACAGAAGGGGAGCGGAGAAGGUGGAGAAGAAGCAGCACCGCGGGCGGAGAAGCGCGUGUUCCUCUCGGCGCGUGACCUGCUGCGGCGGUUGGCUGGCGGAGGCCUGGGGGAUGAUCAUCGCGAGAAGGGCGUCUAG